AUGGCUCUAGCUGACGAUGGCAAAGAGGACGAUGCUGUUGGGCAGGCUGCCGCAGUCGAUGUGGAGAAGGCGGAGCUUGGAAGCACAACGGACGCAUCUACAGACGGGCCCCUAAACCACAACAAGCUCGACCAGAGCCGCUUCUCCAUCGCCAACGCGGUGAAUCUGUCUCUGGACGAUGUCGAGCCUACGGAUGUUCAGAUCCGGGGACUUACCAUUGCCGUCGAUACUUCUCCUUCAUGGCUGGACCCUUCCACUUAUCCUGAGCUAUUCUCUGCCAAGCUGAAGGCUGCACCGCGCAUCAAGACGCUCUUGCAUUCUGUUGAUGCUAGCUUGAAGCCCGGGACACUGACGGCCAUUAUAGGCGGCAGUGGCUCUGGAAAGACUACGCUGCUGAAUAACCUCGCCGAGAGAGUUGUCAGCUCCAGACUAAGUCAACAGGGGCUGGCAACGUUUAAUGGCCGGGUGGGCGUGAAUAGUGUUCGCCAUGCCUAUGUUAUGCAACAAGAUAUUCUAUUGCCCACUCUGACUGUUCGAGAGACACUGAGAUACUCAGCUGACCUUCGACUUCCAUCGUCAACUACCGCUGAAGAUCGCGAGAGAGUCGUCGAGGAAGUCAUUCGUGAGCUAGGCCUCAAAGAAUGUGCCAACACCCGCAUAGGAAAUAGCCAACACCGUGGAUGUUCCGGAGGCGAAAAGAGACGUGUGAGUAUCGGCGUUCAGCUCCUGGCAAACCCAUCCGUGCUAUUCCUCGAUGAACCAACCACCGGCCUCGACGCGACAAGUGCCUUCCAACUCGUACGAACUCUCAAAUCACUGGCGCAGAAGGGCAGAACCGUCAUCACCACAAUUCACCAGCCCCGAUCAGAAAUCUGGGACCUAUUCGACAACCUCGUCAUCUUGUCCAAGGGCAGCCCCGUCUUCUCAGGCCCCGUCUCCGAAUGUCUCCCCUGGUUCAAGGAGCUUGGAUACCAACUACCGCUGUUCGUCAACCCGGCUGAAUUCGUCAUCGACAUUGCCGCCGUAGACAAUCGCACUACUGAACUAGAAGAAGAAACUUCCGCACGCCUCGAAAGACUGAAAGCGGCAUGGAAGAUUGAAAGCGAAAGUCGUUUCCCACCUGUACAGGACAUUGCUGUGAUGGGAAAACGGAAGAAGCGCUCGCAGGCGGCAACGCAUGCAGGGUUUCUCCGCCAAGUGCGAAUUCUCACAGACCGGACUCUGAAAGUCACGUACCGAGAUCCUCUCGGCAUGACGGCAUCUCUGCUAGAGGCUGUUAUAAUGGGAGUUGUAAUUGGGUACUUGUUUUUUAACCUCGGCCGUGAUCAGGCUGGAAUCCGAUCCCGCGAAGGUCUCCUCUACAUCGCAACCGGCCUUCAGGGCUACUUGAUCCUCAUGUUUGAAACGUAUCGCUUGACCAUCGACAUGCCAACAUUUGAUCGCGAGUCAUCAGAGCACUGCGUCGACGCUGUCCCAUACAUCCUGUCUAGACGCUUGGCUCGUCUCAUCACAGAAGAUUUCCCGGUGCCAUUCUUGUUUUCUCUCAUUCUGUAUUUCAUGGCUGGAUUCGAUCACAAUGCCGCGAAAUUCUUCACCUUCUUCAGUAUUGGCUUUGUCAACCAUUACGCUUGCGUCAUGUGCGCUUUUACAUGCGUGGUGGCGGUGAGGCACUUCCCAGGGGCGAGUUUGAUUGCCAAUUUUGCCUUUACAAUGCAGAGUUUAGCGUGCGGCAUGUUCAUACAGAGCAAUACUAUUCCGGUAUAUGUUCGGUGGCUGAAAUGGAUUACUUGGUCGUUUUAUACCUUCGGAGCAUACUGCGGAAACGAAUUCCAAGGCAGUUUCUACGACUGCCCUGAGUCGGGUGGCCCUUCAAACCCUGCCUGUCUUCAGUAUACUGGAGAGUUCAUCAUGUCUUCACUUGGAUUCCCCAGAAAUUGA